GUUGAGACCUUGUUAUUCUUAAAUUAAAAAAAAAAAAAAAAAAAAAGUUGAGACCUUGUUAUUGUACUUCGCUACUUCAAAGUUGAGACCUUGUUAUUGUAAACCCUCAAUAAUUUAAUAUUGAUUGAUAUUUGAUCAACGAUUUGCAAAACAACAACUCCAUAACCAAAGAUCGAUCCAAAGUUGCAAGCAGCAUGGAUGAGCGUGAAUUUCAACGCCUCCUUCUCCUCUUCCCUGUUGUCCGAACUCCAGAUUACUAUCAAGCGGACUCAGAAUCGUCGGGGCAAUCAACCUCACAACCAGAAAGGAGUGAGGAGGUAUCAGAGUGGCAAGAUGCUCGGGGAGAGCAAGAACCCAAGAACCAAGAUGUCUUCUGGGAUAAAUUAAGAUCUACCGCAGAGAAAAAGGUUGGCCCGGCUGAGGCAGAGAAGUUCUGUGACGCCUUCCAGAAGAUUUAUCAGAAACUUGUGCAUGAAGAGCUAAGCAGAGAAGAUAUGGAAAACUUCUUAAACUCAUCUUGAGUUGUUAACUGGCUCAAUGGUUUUCGCUGUUGCCCAUUUUCCAAUUAACAUGAAGUAAUACCUAGAUCUAAGAUGAUUUGACAGCAAUGUCUGUCCAUUUUCAGUAUAGAUAUUGCUUUGGAGGAUCAUCUAGGCUUAUAUUUGGUGACGAUAGUCGAAUUUUUUUAGGUGGACUUUCUACUGUGUACAAGCAACUAUUGGCAUCUGAAGAUUUAGUCCCCUGACUGCUGUGGCAAGUGCUGUAAACACAUCGGAAGUUAUUCCAAUUUUUCAUGUCGGCUCGUAGCUAAAAUAUUUGCUGCUAAUACAGGACUAUAAUUGCACUCAAAUUUUAUAGUUACGAACUAUUACUCUUUUUAUGUCAGAUUAAUUGCAACUAUUUGACUUUUACAUAUGAAAAUAUAUGUAAAAAUUAUUAACAAAUUGGAUCAAGUUAGAUUGAUAAGUA